AACUAAAAAAACUAAGCGAUGAGUGAUCCUUAUUUAAAUAAUUAUAUUCUGUGUCCGAAUCUCAUAUAGAAGCAAACAAAUGCUAACUUUUCAGCACAGUAGUAAAAGAAUAUCAAGGGACAGGGACGUCUUUGGUAACUUUAAUCGAUAGGCUGACCACCAAUCACUUUAGUAUCCGGACAACAUUUUAUCCCCAAGCAAAUAUUAAAUGGGGCAAUAAAAGUGAUGUCUAAACCUUGGAAUUUUCUAUACUCUGCCAAAGAGUUUGUAGGAAUGUAGGCAAAGUAAAAUACAAAUGAUAAAUUAAAAAUAUGUAUACAAACUUUAAAUUCUAUUAAAGCUUUAUUAUAUAAAUUUAAAAUAUAUUGCAAAUGACCAAUUAAAAAGUAUAAUGUAGUGUGGAAACUGGACACUUAGCCCACUCCAGUGUCAGUACAGUAGUCCAGUAUUGACACUGUAAACUUUAUGAAGUAUGUAUGCGAGGUUAACUCAAAGUUGUUCUACUAUGAGCAUGGUGACUAUGGAGGUUGAUCCGGGCGGAGAGACGAGCGGAGGGCGGGCGGAGAGUACGAGCAGGCGCGUCGCGACGGCGGCGGUUAUCGAGCGUGGGCGGUCGCGCAUGCCACACUAGCCUUCGCACCGCAAUAUGCACUACGCGCCUCUAACCGACCCGUUUGGCUGAAAUCUCCACAAAGUGCGGGCAAACUAUGUAGAAAACAGCUGGACCCUCCAUGUAACGUUAAGGAAUAUAACAAAAAGUGAUAAUUAUGACAAGCAAUAUUAUAGUAAAUUAUAAUGGAUACGAGAAAGCAGACUCCUAAAGAGUUGAGUAAUCUGAGCAUAUCAAAACUAUGGACAUACAGAAACAGCACUUGUGCCCGCGGCUGGUGGAUUAUCUGACUAUCGUCGGGGCGCGACCGUAUACUUCAGGGAAAGGGCUAGCCCCCGUGCAGGCUCCCGAACUCCUCCGGCGGUAUCCAUUGACGAACCACGAUGAUUUCCCUCUACCCCUGGACAUGGUGUAUUUCUGUCAGCCCGAGGGCUGCAUGUCGGUGGGACCUCGCCGCGCGCCCGGACACCUUGCUGCCAGGGACACCACGUCUUUCGUCUUCACACUUACGGAUAAGGACUCCGGUAAAACGCGGUACGGCAUCUGCGUCAACUUCUACCGCGCGGUGGAGCGCGCCGCGGCGCCCGGCCCUCAACGGAGCGUGCUGCGGCGCGAGUCCUGGCGCAAGUCCAUGGAGAAGAGCUCCGACUCCGCCUUCUCGAGUGACUAUAGGAGCAGCAACGUAGCACCGAGCGACUCGGAGCGCGACUGCAGCACGACGGGCCCGCGACUGGCCGCAGCCGCCGCUGCCGCGCCUGACUCCGAGUCCGGUGGCAGUCACUCGCCCAGUCCUCGGGCCACUAGAAAACGCCAGCGGGUGCGAAAUCAUUCCUUGACAUCUUUAUGUUUACUUUCACAUCACCCAUUCUUUUCCACGUUCCGAGAGUGCCUAUUUAUCCUAAAGAAAUUGAUAGAUGCCUGCAAUGAGUCUUCCAGUCCACGACGUGUAGGAGCGUCUAGACAAAUAUUUAGGGAUACUGUAUGGUCAGUAUUAACGGGUCAAGCUUACGACAAUACGCCGACGAUCGUCUUGCACGACGUGAAAGAGAUUGAGACGUGGAUCCUUCGCCUCCUGUCCGCGCCGGUCCCCGUGCCGGGCAAGACCCGAAUAGAGCUGGAAGUUUUAUCGCCCACUGCGCAUGCGCCGUUAUUGUUUGCGCUGCCGGAUCAUACGAGAUUUGCGCUUGUCGAUUUCCCUCUGCAUUUGCCUUUGGAGCUUCUGGGCGUGGAUACGUGCCUGAAGGUUCUCACGUUAAUCCUGCUGGAGAACAAAGUCGUCGUCCAAUCGCGCGACUACAACGCACUAUCAAUGUCGGUGAUGGCGCUGGUGGCGAUGUUGUAUCCGCUCGAGUACAUGUUCCCUGCGAUUCCCUUACUGCCCAGCUGUAUGAACUGCGCUGAGCAGUUACUGCUCGCGCCUACACCCUUUCUAAUAGGAAUACCGGCCACUUUCCUGACGUACAAGAAAAACUUCAGAUUACCGGAUGACAUAUGGCUUGUUGAUCUGGACGCUACAAAACUAGUGGCCCCCUCUGGAAACGAUCAAGAUCUACCACCCUUACCGGAACCUGAGGGUUCCAUUUUAAAAAAUCAUUUGAAACAGGCUUUAAGCAGUUUAACAAAUACAUCCGCCGAGCAGGCGAAAGCUCUCUUAAUGCCAUCUAUAAGAGACAGCGUGGGUGGUGCGACGCUUAGAGUGCAACAGGCUUCGUUCCGUUCAGAAGGCAACUGGCCACAUAGUACGCCGGAGAGCCGCCGCGUUUCCAUUGGCAGCGCGUCUCCCACGCCGGCCAGCGCAGGCCACACGCCGCAGCGGUUAUCGCUUGCAUCGCCGCACCACCAACCGCAGCCGUUCAACCCGCUCAUAUACGGCAACGAAGUAGACUCUGUAGAUGUCGCUACACGCGUCGCGAUGGUUCGGUUUUUCAACUCUCAAAACAUAUUAGCAAAUUUUAUGGAGCACACUCGAACUUUACGACUAUACCCGCGGCCUGUGGUAGCGUUCCAGAUCAACAGCUUUCUUAGAUCUCGUCCUAGAACGACGUCCUUUUUAAAUAAAUUUGCUCGAACUCAGGCAGUAGAAUUCCUCGCCGAGUGGUCACUAACUCCUUGCAAUGUUGCGUUUUUGAGAGUUCAAACUGGCGUGUUUGAUCCACGGCAAAUCGGUGACAAACCUAAAUGGUUUGCUGAUCAGUUGCAACCUAUUCGUUUCGCCGUCUGGGACGACGGCAGUUCAUUGAACGGAGCUUUAAGACAAUUACAGCGUCAAGAGAAUCAGCCCACUGAUGAAAGUGGUUCGGACUCCGAUGCUGCUGAAAGUACAAGUUCCUCUUAUUCUUCUCUUAGUGAUUUCGUAUCAGAGAUGAUAUCGUCCGACCUCUCUCCGGGUGGGAACGUCCAUCAACAUGUUAUUGGAGAAACAUACAGCGCUGUUGUGCAAGUUCCAAUGACACUAUCGUCAUCGUUGGAUCCUAAAACGGUUUACAGUCCACCGUCGUCGCUGAUGUUCGGUGAGGGCGAAGAGGUAGUGCAGGGAGAGAGAGGGCGCGCCUCCACCUCUCCAUCUCCCUCGGGCUCCAGUUCGGAACACAGUGACCUCUCCGACGACGAGGCACAAGACAACAGGGACUCCCAUCACAAUACAGACACUGCGCAUCCACCGCCAGUCAAGAAAAGUGAUACGGACAGCGGCAGUUUCGGUCGCGAAUCUGACUCUAACUCGACCACGACUCCUAAGACCGUGGUUAGUCGGCAGCGCGCCGCCGCCGACAGCACCAGCACUAGCGACUCGGACCGCGCGCUCACGCCCUCGCACCACUCAUUGCCGCCCUCGCACCAUGCGCAGAUCAAGAGUACGAGUAGUGGCGUAUCCAGGCAAGCCUCGCAGUCUUCUCUAUUGGAACAAUUUGCCGCUCAAGCCAAAGAACUGGUCAGAGAAACUACUCGACAGAGUAGCCAAGAAGGCCUUCUUGCUCACAUGGACAAGAAAGGAAAAGUGACAGAUGGGGAAGAAAAGAAAAUGUUUGCUCCCUUUGGUCAGCUCACACUGCACGCUAAAAAGGCCGCCGAAGAAGCGUCGAAGAGUAUGCAAGAGGCAUCUAAAUCAGCGUUAGAGGCCAGCAAAACGGCCACCGCAGUUAGUAAAAAUACCUUUGAGGAUCUCACUUACGUCAGCAAGUCUACUUUUGGUGACCUUACCAAAAGCGCAAAGGAAGCGGCUGCUAAGAAAGGGCUGUUGAAGGGCGAGAGUCAAGACUCGACGGGCAGUGCGACAGCGCGACGCGACUCAACAGCUCUGCAGACGACUAAUUUACUAACAACUACACACAGAGAUUUCUUCUCAAAUAUCAGCUCCGACCUUAACGGUCUUGCGGCGUCAACGUCCAGUAUGUUCAGCGAUUUCUUCGGGUCCAAAGGCAAACAAGCCAAGCCGGAGCCGGCGCGGUCGCCAGCGGCGGGUGGUAGUCAGCCGAGCGCGGGUGCAGCGGCGAGCUUCGGUCCGUUCUCUCAGGGCGCGCGCGGUCUGGUGGCGCGGUCACCGCUCAUACGUCACGCGCCGCCGACGCCGCCGCCCGCGCCACUUCACGCGCGCUCCACUGCUAACUCCGAGAACCAGGCCUUUCUUAAUGAUCUCGUGCAACACGUUUUGGAAGGCGAAGGUGUCGGUUGGCUGAAGCUCAACCGUCUGAAGAAAUUGAUGGAGGACGAGUCAUAUAGGAACAUGGUGCUGAGUAAACUUAACAGAAAUUUCAACAGGAAGGCUACACCGAAUGAUAAAGUGGACGAUGUGUUCGUGAGUAAACCAGUGUGGAAAGGCAUGUUGAAAGUACUUCAAGCUGUAGUGCACGGUCUGGAACAUACAUAUUCCAACUUCGGUCUCGGCGGUAUGGCGUCCGUAUUCCAAUUGGCCGAGAUGGCACACACACAUUACUGGAGCAAGGAGAUCGCCGGCCUAGAGCACGGAGGAAUGGGUGGUUCUGCACUCGACAGUAGACACGAUCUGGACACACCCUCGUCUUCGCCCUCGUCUAGAAAAAGCUCGCAAUCAGAUGUACCGAUUGUGAACUACCCUGAAAUGGAUCCAGCUGAUUCGCAAAGCACUACUGAAAUGUUCAAAGACAUGUUGAAUCAGAAAAGAAACCUUCUCUUCAGCAAGUUGACCUCAUUCGAAUCAGACGCGGCGCCCUCUUCCGACUGCUCGGCCGACGAGAGCGGCUCGAUCACCACCAACCGAGCCAAUUUCGACCACCGCGCCUCCUUUAAGUCCAACCUAUCUGACACUGAUGUCAUGUUUCUCAAUGUUGCUCGCGCCUCGUGCGUCGCUGGGAAGCCACGGGCUGCUAGUGUGUUUUCUUCCAAAUCGUCACUGAGCGGAUACAGACCGCCUCCGGGAGUACCAACUACUUCACCACUAACAUCGCCAGAUACUGCCAGGACAUACCUGUUUCAAGGCCUCAUUGGCAAAGAAAGAUCGAACUUAUGGGACCAAAUGCAAUUCUGGGAGGAUGCUUUCUUAGACGCCGUGAGUCAAGAACGCGACAUGAUUGGCAUGGACCAAGGUGCCAACGAGAUGAUGGAGCGAUACAAGUGUCUGAGUGAGACGGAACGAAAAAGGUUGGAACACGAAGAAGACAGACUAUUGUCUACGGCGCUAUACAACCUCACAGCGGCUAUGGUGCUGUUCGGCGUUGAAGCCGAUAUUGUGAGGAAUAAAGUUCGGCGGUUGCUCGCUAAAAGCCAUAUCGGAUUGGUAUACAGUCAAGAAGUUAACCACUUGUUGGACGUUGUUCAUACGUUGCACGGGAACGACAUUGAGCUGAAGCCGCUAGGAUCGCGCCAGUUGCGCCGCGCGUCCUUCACCGUGCACGAAGGCGACGCUAGCGGCGAGCUGCGCUUCAUCGAAGUGCGAGACGAUGGGCUCGUCUUGCGAUCUACGCAGGGUACUAUCGUGGAAAGGUGGUGGUACGAGCGGCUGGUAAACAUGACUUACAGUCCGAAAAUACGAGUUUUGUGCCUUUGGAGGAAAAACGGUGGUCAGACGCAACUCCACAAAUAUUACACUAAAAAGUGCAAAGCGUUGUACUAUUGCAUCAAGGAGGCAAUGGAGAAGAGUGGACGGCGGCAGGACGCGGCCGAACUCGGUGGAGAAUUCCCCAUACAGGACUGUGCUUCUGGGGAAGGGGGACUCAUACAGGUGUGCAUGGAGGGCGUCGGAUUACUGUUCCACCACAGCAAGUUUUUUGUGCGGCUUGAUCACAUUAGAAAAUGCUUCACGCAGAACGGCGGUAUCUUCGUUUUAGAAGAAUUUAAUCCGAAAACAAGACAAAUAAUCCAGAGAAAGUACAAAUCUAUAAUGGCGGACCAGAUCUGCUACGCGGUGCUGUGCGUGUUCUCGUACUUCGCGGCGGGGCACGAGCAGCGGCGCGCCAUCCUCGAGCAAGCGGCGCGCGUGCCCCCGCCGCCCGCUCAGCACCACCCGCCCCCGUCGCCCGCUCAACACCACGCGCCCGCCCACCAUCAGUUUGAGCGCAAGUCACCGGUGAAUCGCGCGGGAGAGGCGAGAGCGUCGUUCGCAAAGAGCGAAGCACUACCCACCACAGAAUCCCGCGACCUGCCAGAACGGCAAGCGCGUCCCGUCCCAGAAAAAGUACCCAGAGAUCCUGACAAACGAGAAGCACCUGAUAGGAGGGAUUCACUAGAUAGACGGGAACUCCCUGAUAGAAGACAGCCUUUAGAAAGGCGCGAAGGACCAGAUAAGACGGAGGGGCUAGACCACCGAGAGACAAUAGAAAGACAGCGGACGUUACCAUCGCAACCGCGUGAGGUUGAGUCGGGCACGCGACCUAUAGGCCGCACGGACAGCUUGCCACCGCGCCGGCCGCCGCCGCCUGCGCCGCCGCACCAGCGACUGGCGCGGGCUCAUUCACACGCGCCCGCGACCACCGCCGCUGCCGCCGCCGCAACCGCGUCCGCAAGGCCGCUCGACCCGCCCAUAAUUCCUCCGCGAACGGGCGCGCCCCCCCGGCCUGCCGGUCCGCCGCCCGCGCUGCCGCCGCGACAACUAUCGGCGGCCGCCGAUCUCUCUUCACCUAGUAGGUCGGCAGCGAUGGCGGCGCGGGCGACGACGCGGCAGGCGUCGGUGAGCGCCCCCUUCGCGCCCUCCAACCCGUUCUCUCCGCCGCGCCACACAGAGUUCGUCAUACCGCAGCGGAAUAACGCGCGCCGACCCUCCACCACAGACAAAAACUAACCGUAUUCUUUAUCCUUAGAUCAUAAUAAAAAGGGAAGAUACAGUACGCACGCUCAUACUAGCAUCAAAUAAAAUAUGAUCCGACUCAACUACACACGCACACGUCUGUAAAUAAUAUUCAAUCGAGCGAGUGAGACAGAACUGUACGCUUCAACGCAGAGCGAGCGAAACAGCGAAUCAGCUUCAGAGUGCUAACGGAUGAGCUGUAUUAUUGUCCUUUUCUUUAUAACAAAAUGGCGAUUAAGUAAAUAACAUUCACGACAAACCGUGAUUUUUGAGAAAAAAUGAUGACGUGCACCACAAUUUAAGCGGAUCACUUUUGAGCCGCGAGUGCCGUAUCUUCCCUUUUGGUUUAAUCUUAGUCUGUAUCUCAUAUAAUCGCACACCUAAGCCUUGUGAUAUUAUCUGCAGGCCUAUUCGCUAAUUGCUUUUGACAGAUGGAAGUGAUAAGCACCGAGCUAAUUACUGAUCCACUACUGCUUUAUUAUAACGCCACUAAGAUACUUGUCUUGAAAAGCAUCGACGGAUAUGCAAUUUUCUCUUUAGUUACGCACUGUAAAUAUCAAAAAAGUUAGCGCAUAUGCUAUCUGAUUUUGACAGAUGGAAGUGAUAAUCAGCGAGCUAUUUAGUGAUUUACUACUGCUUUAUUAUAACGCAUAAGAUACUUGAUCUGAAAAGCACCAAUGGAUAUGCAAUUUUCUCUUUAGUUACACACUGUGAAUGUCAAAAAUGUUAGCGAAUAGGCCGGUUGAUCAAGAAAACACAGAUUAAGUUUACAAUGUAAUUGUAUGUUUUUUAUAGUUAUAAGCGGGAUUGCUGUACCCUGUACCUGUAUAAAAAAAAGGCACAUGGUACUGUAUCAAAAAUUCCGCUGAUAGCUAUAAUGCUAGUGACCAUGAAAGUUUAAAACAAAUUUGUGAUUUUAAUUUUUAAGUACCCAUAAUGUAUUUUAUUAUGUCGAACAUACG